UGAACCGGGAUCUCCAUUCUCGCAUUUCUUUCGGGUCCUGUCCUUCGCCCAUCGGUUCCCGCUCUCACAAAUCGCAAGCAUCUGUGUCUUUGUCUCGCUUGUUCCAGGUCUUUUAGCCCUUGGCAGGAGUUGCAUUGGAACCUCGGAGGGGCAAGUUUGAAGAAUCGGACUUGGGAGCUUGAUCCAUAGGGCAUGGCAUAUUCGGAACCUGCUAAUGCUGAACGAGAGGUGAUUCAAGUUAACAAUGCUCAGAGGAAACCCAGGAUUUUACUUGCUGCCAGUGGAAGUGUAGCUUCGAUUAAGUUUGGGAAUCUCUACCAUUCUUUCUCCGAAUGGGCAGACGUAAGAGCGGUGGCUACUAAGGCCUCUUUACACUUCAUCGAUCGAGCAUCUCUUCCUAAGGAUUACAUACUUUACACCGAUGAGGAUGAGUGGAAUGGUUGGAACAAAAUUGGAGAUAGUGUUCUUCAUAUUGAGCUUCGCCGCUGGGCUGAUAUCAUGGUUAUUGCCCCUCUGUCUGCAAACACGCUCGGCAAGAUUGCAGGCGGAUUAUGUGACAAUCUAUUGACUUGUGUCGUGCGAGCAUGGGACUAUAACAAGCCACUCUUUGUUGCGCCUGCCAUGAAUACCUUUAUGUGGACCAACCCUUUCACCGAGCGACAUCUCAUUGCAAUUGAUGAGCUUGGAAUAACUCUCAUCCCACCUGUUACCAAGAGGCUAGCCUGUGGGGACUACGGCAAUGGUGCAAUGGCUGAACCUUCCUUAAUCUUCUCAACCGUGAGACUCUUCUACGAGUCACGAAUGCAACAAAGUGCCAAAAAUGGUGAGUAGUUAGAACAUGAAGACUUUGCCAUGAGGAGGAGAUGGAAAGGGUAAUACAUUUCCGCUUUGUUCACUAUUAUAAAAGUUGUAGCUGUUGCUCUUCAAUAUUGUAUAAAAUUCCUUCUUGUUUACCCCUUUGUGCUGUGAAGCCUUGGAACCUUAUGUUUAUGACAUUUCUUAGCUUAUGAAUUGAUCAGCUUCAUAUUUGGUCUCUA